AUGAAAGAAUGGAUCAAACCUCAUUGGCAAAAUAAGAAUAAAACGAAUCCAACCAUUAUUGAUAAAUCUAAUUUAAUUUCCACCAGAAACAAUAAUGAACAAUUAGAAAUUAAGGAUAUAGUUCUUUCCAAACGUACUUUUAGAAUUGCAUCCUUACCGGAUCAUCUAUUUAGCAAUACUUCAAUUGGUAGCUCUUGGAAACCGCCUUUGAUUUCUGAUACAAGUUCUGAUUCGCAAAGUGAGAUUUACACUAAUACUGAUCAUUUUACUAAAGAAAGCUCUGAUGUUUAUCGGAUAACAUCUCAUAGAGAAAUAAAAGAAGAAAUUAUACCUGAUAACAACAUAUCAGACAAUUUAACUCCGUUAGAUUCGUCUUUUGAAGCUGUAUUAGAUGUUUCUUCUGGUUAUGAGGAGGAUAUUUAUGACAACGAUAGUGAUACUAUGGAAAAUAAUAGCUUGAGUACUAUUAUUUCUAAAAUAUUUGAUCAAAUACCGUAUGAAAAUUGUGAGAAUUAUCUAGAGCAAUUCAAAUAUAAAAUUAUAACCUCCGAUCUUCUAUCAUCUACUAACCUUAAACAUCGCCAAAUAUUAUUAAAAAAGAAAACAUCUUCUACAAAUUUCGUAGUUAGUACGAAGAAAUCUUACCCCACUAUAUAUGGCCGGCUAUAUUUUAAUCAGAGAAACAACAUCUGUAUUUUUAAGUCGAUAAGAUACCGGGAGUCCAUUCUUUCAUGUUAUUAUCUAUUGAGACGUUUAUCAAUUUCAAAGAAACACGCUUCAAGACGAAUAGUACUGGCUAUCCUUAUUUUACUGUAUAUUACUUUCAAACAAGAAUUAUUUUUCUUAUAUUAUUAUAUUUUAAAUUUAGAGAAAAAUUUGAAUGAAAUUAUUGAAAAAUUUAAUAAUUUUGAAAACUCAAUUCAUUUCUUGUUUAUCAGAUACAAAGAAUUUACAGUCUAUAAACCUUUAACAGAUGUAUUGAACAAACAAAAUAAUCAUUUUGAUUAUGAUCCACAUCCACUACUGAAUGAACUAUUAUCGUCAAAUUUGGAUCAAAUGUUUUUCCAACUAGAUCAUAUUAAUAAACUGUUUAUUCAGCAAUAUAUAUUGAAGAAUAAUACAAUUUUAUCAUCAAUUGAAAAUCAUUUUGAUAUUUUUAAUUUAAAUAUAAUUGAAUAUAUUAAUUAUUCAAAUUAUUCAAUUAAUAAACUUGAAUAUAAAAUCAAAAGAUUUUUAGAUGCAAGGAAAUUAUUUUUUUGUUGCUUAUUAAGUGUAUGUGACAUUGUUUAUCCUCAUUAUUCUCAAACAAACAUUACUUCCUCAGUUUUAUUUAAUCUAUUUAAUAAUAAAACCGAGGAUGAGGUUACAUCAAAUGAAAUUUCUAAUAAAGAAGGUAAUUUCGAAAAGUCGUUUAAAAAUAUCAUAACUAGGUUUAAAGAAACAAAUGAUAUUUUGAAGCAGUUUAAUAAAAAUUUAAGUCAUAUUACUGAAACUUUAAAUACUUCCAAGAAAUUAAUUUUGAGAGAAAUGAAUAAUAAAUCAUUAUAUCCUUCAAUAAGCUCGUAUCCUAAGCAAAACCAUAAUAUUACUAAGAAUGAAUAUACUAAUAUAUAUGCCAAUUAUGAAAUUUUUCGUUAUAAUGAGAAAAUUACUAAUUCAAUACAAAAAUUACAAAUGAUUGAGAAAUAUUUAAUGAAAAAAAAUCAACCAUUUGAUUCGAACAACUUUGAUAAUAUUAAACAUUAUGAUAAGGAGUAUAUUAAUUUGAAUCGAUUAGAGACUAAGGAAUAUAUAAAAGGAACUAUGAUAAAUUUAUUAAAACUAUGGACAGAAAGAGAUGAUGUUGAAGAAAGUUAUGAUCAUUAUAUCAUAGCUAAAGGUGAGAAAUAUAUCAAAUCAAAUAAAAAUAAUCGGAGACAUUUUUCUUUAUCAGCACUAAAGAAGCCAUCUGAAUUUUCAUCUGAUAAAUCAUUUAUAAGUCAAAUACCAAAAAGACAGAGACAACAACCUAUUCCAUUGGAAAAACCAAUUCUAUUGGAGGAACCACAUAAUAAAGAACAACAAUCAAUUUUUUCAAAUAAUGUAUUUACUAAUGCAAAUGUUAUCGGAGAUAUAAAUAGCAAAAAAACAGUAACAAUAGCUGAUGAUAUACGAGAAUUUAGUGAGAAUGAAUUAAAAGAUAAAUUAAAUCAAGUAUUUAGUAUAUUUCAAUAA